CAAAAUCGAAGGUUGGUCGAAGUCAACCAAUAGUUUUGCUGGACGUGGAGUCGCGGUGGUUUGUAUUAUUCGACUCACUUUAAUUGCGUCGACUGGUUGUUUGUUCACUGUCUACUGUUAUCGACUUUUUUCACUUCCUCUCCAUACUGCAUUGACGGUACCCAUCAGUUAUUAGGCUCAAUUUCUUCCUCUUCCUCCUGAAUUCGUGGUUGAUUGGAGUACUACUACUAAAAUUACAUUCAUCUUUGCAAUUUAAUUAGUACGUAUCUUCAGACUAGGAGCAAAUCCACAAACAACUAGGCGUCGAAAUGUUACCUUUAUUGGUUGUAUUACUUAAUAAUAUCAUAUGCCCAACAUUAGCUAUAUAUCCAGAUGAUGAUUGCAAUAAGUGUAAACAUGCUGCAAAAAGUUUUAUCUUAGGAUUUCACAAAUCAGCUGGGAAAAAUUUUGGGGGAGGGAAUUCUUUGUGGGAAGAAAAGCACUUAGGGAGCUACUCUGUUAGUGAAGCGCGCUACCACGAUAUUGUUGAAGGGAUCUGUAGUGAUGUCAAGCAAGCAGUUAAAUGUCAUGAGUUUUUAGAAAGUAUUGAGCAUCAUUUAGAAGAUUGGUGGCUUAGGGAAUACAGGAGUGAUUCUAAUAAAGUAGAAGGGUUUGAGGAAGAUUUAUGCGUCACUCGGACCAAGUUUUGCUGUCCUGCUAACUCCUUUGGGGAUUCUUGUCUUCCAUGUCAUCCAUGUUACUUUUUUGGUGGGAGGUGUGAUGGUAAUGGGACACGUUCUGGAACAGGUAAUUGUAUUUGCAACGACGGAUAUACAGGAGAGUUAUGCGACAAAUGCACCUUUGAAACUCAUUUCCAGUCCCACAGUGACUUCCCAAUAUCAUGCACACGAUGUCAUUUGUCGUGCUCCGGUGGUUGUUCUGGUCCAUUUCCUGAAAACUGUUCUGCGUGUGCUGCUGGAUGGAUCAAAGUGGUCUCCGGUGAUCAACGAGGAUGUGUUGAUAUAAAUGAAUGUAUUGAUAGUCCUUGCAACAGAUCUACACAUUUUUGCUUAAACAAACCUGGUUCUUACGAAUGUGUUCCCUGUCAUCCUGCUUGUAACAAAUGUUCUGGUUCGACUGCGAACGAUUGUGAAUCUUGUGCAAGCGGUUACCAAAGAGGAAAUGGAGACGUAUGUGAAGAUAUAAACGAAUGUAAUGCUGACAGUAAUAUUUGUAAUAGCGAAGGAGAAAGUUGCACGAACACAGUUGGGAGUUUUAAAUGUGAUUGCAAGAGUGGAUAUAAGCGGACUAGCAGUGGGUGCGUGUUGGAUGUAAAGCCAAGAAAAGGUUCGCAAACAUCUGAUAAGUAUGAAUCACAGUCAACCGUUCAUAACAUUAACUCACGCAAUCGUAACACGCAAAGAAUAAUAUGGACUGUCACUUAUACGAAAGAAUUCCUCAAAUAUUCUGCUUCUCUAGCUGCAUUUGCCACCUUUUGCUGGUUUGCUAGGGGACACCCUUUCGCAAUUCUGUUUGCGUCACUACUAAUCGGCUCAUUUGUGUAUUUUCAGAGCAUUAACUUUGAUUUCGUAUUUGCUAACCAGAAAUAAACAUUAUUCCUUAUUGAAUUUUGUAAUUUUUCCCUACAGAAAAUCUGAGAACUAGAUGAGAUGUUAAUAAAGACGGUACUGUGAAAACAUGGAUAUUAUAUUCUAACCUUUUUUUCGAAGAACUCUGACUUCAGAGUAAUAUCCCAUCUUUCCGUCCAAAACAAACUACUAAAUGUAUUCACUUUAUUUCAUGUGUCUUUGAUAUUUGUUAUAUUCUCAAGUUUUUAUCAUAGUACCUCAGAUACGGUUAAAUGUUACCUUUUGUACACAAACUGCUUUCUAUUUUUCAAAUUCGUGUGUUUUGCUAGUCAUUCUCAAGAUAUUUUAAUCAGUCAACACUGAUAAAUUCCUUUACCUCA